AUGACACAGCAAUUUAUAAUUAACUUAUAAAUUUAUAUUAAUAAAGUUUACUAAACUCCUAAUUAAACUGUUACUUUUUAUGCAAAUUUCAUAAUAUUUUCAUAUUAAAACAAUUUAUAAAUUGAUUUAACUAAUAAUACUAUGAUUCCUUAAUCUAAAAAUGUCUCAUAUCCAAUGAAUUUAAUUCUUGAUAGAUAAGUUGGAUAUUAUAAUAUAAGUUAAACCUAAGGUGUCAACCAAUAUUGUAGUUUAAAAUAAUUUUUUCAUAAUUACAGUAAAAUUCCUAAUUAGAGCAAUUACUCAUUAAUCACAUCAAUCAAUAACGAAUUUUUUGCUUUUCAGAAUAACUCUUACAUAUAAAUUGUAAAUAGCGACUUAAAUAAUAUAUAUAAUUUAAGCUAUUCAAAUCUAAACUUGAGUGAAUGCCUAAAAUCAACCUUAUCUAAUUACACAUUAUAUUCAAUUUGUUAAGAUAGUACUUCAUAAAAUAAUCAAAUUUCUUUUUUUAACAAUAUUUACUGAACUUUACUUUAAAUUCUUAAGGCUAUAUUGCUCGAGUAGAAACUACAUAACUUCCAAGAAUGUUUUUAAAUAUUUCCAAAAUAAGUAGCGUUUUCAACUAAAUUUUUGUCUCAGGUUCCUUAGAUUAGUAACAGUACGAACAAUUGUAUUGGUUAAAUUAAUCUAACAAUGCUUUUUAGCCAAUAUUCAAUUCAAAUUAUUCUUGUAAAGAUUUCUCAAUUUCUUAAAUAGUAACAACUAGCUCUUUUAUUUAAUAAUAACAAUAAAUAAUUAUUUUGUAUAUUCAUUACAAAGAAUAGAUUUAAUAACUCUAUUAUCUAUUUUUAUCAGUUGAAAAUAACUAAAUAACUUUACAAAAUAGCGCUUUUGUAAAAUAAUAUAUUAGUAAUAAUGAGAAUAGUCGUUCUUAAUUACCUCCUUCGUUCUUUCUAAUUAUUUAAAUAUUUAAAAAUAGAGCAAUUAUUUUAUUGACUAAUUUUCUUAGAUAAAUUUAAUAAUUUAUUAUAUUAAAAUUAAGUAUAUAAAUUAUAUUAGUGAGAUAAUUGAUUUUAGAUAACAAUAGAGUUUAUUAUAAACAGUACCUCUAAGAACUAUUCCAAAUUAUGGUAAUUUAAAUAAUACUGGUAAUUCUUUUUAUAAGAAUGGAGUUUUGA